UGUGCUUUAUGGAGCGGGCACACCAUAAAUAAGCCUGUAGACUAUAUCAGUAGGUUAAGGCUACAAUAUCCUUUCAUAGUGUUUAUAUCAGUACAACAACAUAGGUCUAUCAGAUAGCGGACGUUUACUUGAGGGCAUCGGGCAUACCUUUUCUGGAGACACAGGAUAAUCAAGUUUCAGUUAUGACAUCACUUGUUUACAAUAUUAGUCAAUACACCUACUAUGUCAAAAAGUGCGGGCAAAGAAGAAGAAAAUGGGUUACAGGAAGCCCCAGAAAGGACAUUCCCUGUAUUCUUCAGAGGAAAGCUGGGGGAGAAGCUCCAUCAGGAGACCCCAGGGUUUGACCUGUUGGACCCCAACAUGAGAGUCAUAGAUGUUAGUUAUAACUGCCUCCACGACAAACACCUGAAGAGUUUUUUCCGCCAUCCGGAAAGGAAGAAGCGGCUGGUGAAGCAAGGCCUCAUCACCUCAAAUGAGAAGGUGCUGUGUACGUGUAAAGAGUACAAUCGCUACAGUAGCUACAUCAAGUCAGUUCAGUUGCUGUGGGAGAAGCAGUGCUGUGCCCAGCAGAAAAUGCUUUUGAAGCAGUUCCUAGUCUUGCAGCAGCAAGGGGAGGUUCCGUCCCACAUCUCACUGACGGAUAUUAGAGAUUGGCUCAUUGCCAAGGGAAGAAACUACUUCAAGAACACGUUUCAGAGUGAAAUGGAAGAGGGGAAGAACCUUCACUUGGCCGAACUGGCUUGGGAUGUGAAACGACGCCUCAGGCUUAAGGAGCUGGAAAGAGAAGUGUGCAGGGAGCUGCGCCUGGAGCGCCGAAUCCGCUGGUCGGUGAUUGGACAGCCUGGUAGCCAGAUGGGAGAUUGGAGACCCCUCGGCAUGGAGACACACACACCUCUGGGAAUGGACUCUCCCUUCAGACACUCCACCUCCUCGAUGGAUACUCUUUCCAGUCACAUCUCGACUGAGAACCUCGAGGUUGCUAGGCUACAUACUGCCAGACCACAUAUUGCCAGACCACAAACUACCAGACCACGUUCUGCCAGACCACCAACUGAAAGACCUAGCAGUGACUCUGAUCACUCUGGAACCUUGUCUUCUGUGAUGACCUGCUCACCACAUUCAGCUAGCCCGUCAGUGCUACUGGCCAUCUUGAAACCCUCAGUUUCCAACCCAUAUGACCGUGAGACCUCAGACCUUGAAGACUCAUGCAGUAAUGAUUUGGAGGAUGCGGAAUCUGAGGGGGUGCAUUAUGCCACCGGCAGAAAGUCCAACAUGAGCAUCGUCCUUACAGACACUACAAACCAGCCAGAGAUGUACAUUGCUGUGGAUUCUACACCUAUGAUUAAAUUAUCCAAGAUGAGAAAAGGCAUCCGGGACUUCUUCUGGGGAGUCCAGAAGGCCUGGAAACGCUUGGUCACCUGCAAGUCCUCUGGGUCCUCUGAUGGGUAGCCUGGAUGACGUGCAGCCCAUGUCAGUUGCUUUUGCCAGGCUACAUCUGAGGAGGACACCACAACUGGCCUCAAUACAACAUUUGUAUUUUUGUUGUUCAUUUCUGUUUUCAUUUUGAAUCCCCUAAUGCUGCUAUAUUUGAACCAGGCUGUCAGUGGACUAGCUUACCAUUAGUUUAUACUCCUUAAGGAAGAUCCACUAUAGGCUACUCAACACCAAAAUUCCAUCUGGGUCUUUUGAUCCCUUAUUAGCUCCAACUCCUGUAACUAGGAAUGUGAGCUUCUAAAUGUCAUUCAGACAUCUACAGCUUCUCCUGUGAUUAGGAAGAUAAGCUAAGAAGCCCAACCAAUUGACUAGAUGUGCUGUACAUCUGAUGCCAUCUCCCUAUUGUAAUCAUUGAGCCACGUCCAUUGCAGCCUCUAAAUUUGAUGUAGAUAUUUAGCCUAAAUUAAAAAAUGACAAGGAGGGAAGGCCGACAGCAGCUUCUACUCUUACGAUUAGGAAAGUGGUGCUAAACCUUUUGGGCUUUGAGGAACUAUGUAUUUUAUUUUUCAAUCACUUACAUAUUUUUUAAUGGUUGUUUUAAUAAAGCAUUUGUAUUGCAGA